AUGAAACCCACUCAAAUCAACUUCCUGCUACGCCCAUGGCAGACAUACCGUAAUGGAGAGAUCUUUUACGGUAUGCUCAAAACUGGUAAUAAGAGAUGGUCACUGACUACCAAGCAAGGUAAUAAAACAUUCUACAAAGGUACUGGUUCGUCAGGUGUGGGUAGAUGGACCACAAGAGGAAGAUAUAUUGUCAACUGGGAAAAAGUACGAACCUACGUUGUUCCUAGCGGUAUUGAUACUACUCAACUGAAGCCAUUGGUAUGUGCCACAGCACCCAAGGUCAAGCAUACAUUCAGAGGCUAUCAAGGUCCCAUGGAUGGAAAGCUAUAUGUACAAAAGGUGAAAGAUUUCAUCAAAUACGGUGUUGAAGAGAGUCCUGAAAGUGCUAGAAACGAGAACUUUAUUGAGAGAGGUUAA